AUGUCACAUUCUCAAAAUGUCAAUAAAAUAAUUGACAAAUCUCUCGAGAGCUCAGAUAAUUUUGAAUUCAUUAAUUUAAAUGCUAAAAAGAAAGACUCAGUAACUAGUUUAACUUUUAAAAGCAACUUUGAUAAUAAUGACAUAGAAGAGCCUAGACUUCGUGCAGAAUAUGCAAUCUGGAAAAAAAAUGCACCGUUUCUCUAUGAUAUGAUCAUAACCACUAGACUUCCUUGGCCAUCUCUCACAGUUGAAUGGUUUCCUGAAGUGGAAAUGGUUAGUACAACUGUAAAAUCCAAUUCAAGUAAUAAUACGACUAAGGGCAUUUCAUCACUACUUUCUCGAUACAAGAUUCUUCUUGGAACUCAAACGUCUGGAAAUGCUUACGAAUAUGUUCGUAUUGGUGUUGUAGAUUUGCCGAACUUGAAUGCUGUAUCUGAAGAAGCACCUCUCUCUUUACUAAAUCAAUAUGAUACAGUGUUAAACGAAUUUGGAGGAUAUCAAACUUCUCAGUCUCAGUUUAAGAUUCAUCAAUAUUUGGAUCACAACGGUGAGGUUAACAGAGCACGAUACUGUCCUCAAAACCCAUCAAUAACUUCAACAGCUUCUUCCAAUGGUCGGGUCUAUAUUUUUGACUGCACAAAACAUCCACUAGACCCUCGAAAUAUUACCCAGGCUUCAAAAAUUUUAACUGAAUCAAGCUCGGAUUCUAUCUCAAAAUCCAAUUUGCCUAGCCCCCGUCCAGAGAUGGUUUUAGAUGCUCAUACUAAUGAGGUCAGUUCCAUAAGCUGGAAUUCAUAUAAGUAUGGAUAUCUUGCAUCAGGAUCAUACGACACCAUGGUAGGUGUAUGGAAUAUUCGGAAUUAUAGUAGAAGCAAAAAACAUGUGCCGUUAAACCUAAUAGAAACUCACAGUGACUUAGUUAAUGAUGUUGAAUGGCAUAAAUUUAGUCCUUCAAUUAUAGGAAGUGUUUCUGAUGACGGUAUGAUGCAUAUCCAUGACUUGAGAGUUUCUGAAGUGAAUUAUACACCGCAAUUGGCAUCAGUCCCUAGAAAAAUUAAAAAAAAGGAUGAAAACUCUUACGGCACAGUUGGAAUUAACUGCAUAAGUUUUAAUAAUGCGAAUGAAAAUUUGGUUGCUACUGGAGGAACUGAUUCCAACAUUAAUUUAUGGGAUUUAAGAUCAUUAAAUCAUACUUUGCAUACAAUGAAAGGCCAUGCUGGUAAUGUUAAUUCUGUAGAAUGGUGUCAUCAUGAACCAGGUAUUCUCGCCAGUGCUUCGUCAGACAGACGUGUGUGCAUCUGGGAUACUGCAGCAAUUCAAAAAAGUGCACCAUUUGAUAAUGAGAAUAACUUAAAUCAUUCACCAGAACUGUUAUGGGUUCAUGGAGGUCACACUGAAUCCGUUUCCGAUAUAUCAUGGAAUCCCGCAUUACCUUGGGUUCUUGCUUCUGUUUCUAAUGAUAACCAUAUACAUAUAUUUAAACCAUCUCAAAGUUUGGUUAGAGCUAAAUGA